AAAGCGAAACGGAGCACUUCAUGGAUUAAAAGGUUCUAAAAACCCUAACAGCUCACGGAUCGGAAUCCUACCCAUGGAAUGGCGACCUCCGAUCCCUCCCCGGUCAUCGCCCUCGCCGUAGCCAGACCGAGCCCGUCGAGCUCCGGAUCCUGCGAUCUCUUUCCCUUUGAUCCGUAAAGCUCGCCGGUGCCCGCCGCUCCCGCUCCUGGCCUGCCCAGCUCCGAGGCCUCCAUGCGCUCCCCGCCUCUUGCCGGAUUGAUCUACGCCGAGUUCUGUGGAUCUGUGUCGCAUUUUUCGGCCGUGAUCGGCGAUGGGGGGUUUUGGGCGAGCGCCGAGGAUUUCACACUGGAAAGGAUUACAUGAACGAUUGUCAAGGAUAUUUUUUCUGUGUUAUCUGUUGAUAGUAGUGCGCUUGGAACUUAUCGUGGAGGCAAAACCUACCAGUCAUUUACCAGAAGCAGCUCCCACAUCUCCCGCUACUGUGGCAGCUGCUUCUCCUUUAGAUGAAUGGAACCAAGUUCAUUCCGCAAUCACGCCAUCAAAAGUUGAAAUUUCCUUGUCGGCAAGUCUUCCUCUGGUCAGUAGAAGACACUUGAAGUACACUAUAGAGAAGGCUGCAGCUUCACAAUUGCCAAUAAGAGGUUCCCCAGAUUAUAACACUCUAACUGCUUCUUUAAACUUGUCAAGUUUAGUAAAUCCUCCAAUGCCAAACAGCCAACAUACCUCCACAGAGUUGGCUAUUACACCUUCAUCUGUUGGCCAUUCUUCUCCAGUAUAUUCAAACUCAACCUCACUUCCUUCUGGCUUGGCACAACCACCAUUGUCUCCUGAAACUGAAUGUUGUGAGCCAAACAUGGUGCAGAGACAAGGUACUCAAGAUUGCCACUGUGUGUACCCUGUCAAAGUCGAGCUCUUUCUGCAGAAUGUUUCUCUGAUUUCAAAUUGGAGCAAUGAAUUUCUUCAAGAACUGUCUUAUCAGCUUGAGCUGCGGAUUGACCAGUUUGAGAUUGUUAAUUUCUACGUUGUUGGUGCAUUUGGGUUAAAUAUCACAAUGGACAUAGCCCCACAUACAGGGAUAAGUUUCUCUGCAGAUCAAGUUAUUGCAAUGAAUUCUUCGCUUGCACUGCAUAGGGUUCGCAUUAACCCUGGGCUAGUUGGCGACUAUAGACUUCUCAAUUUGACUUGGUUUAGACCACUUGCUCCUCCUCCUGCUCCUUUGUGGGCUUCAUCACCCAUGGCUUCAUCACCUGCAGCACCCUACUUGCCUGCAUCUGUACCAAACAAGGAUACUGGAGGUGGAAACCAUUCAAGUUUCAUAAUAGUUAUCGGGAUAUGUAUCAGCAUUCUGCUAGCUGUUACUUUAGUCAUGCUAGUAAUUUGUUCUUGCACAUCUAGCAAAAGGAAGGAGGUACCAGCAGAAGAAGCAGUGAAGUCAAGGAUUGCAGAUACAGUGUCUGUGGAAGCGGUUCUUCCUCAUCCCACUAGUACACGGUUAUUUUCAUAUGAGGAGCUCAAAGAUGCUACAAACAAUUUUGAGUCUGCUAGCAUGCUUGGGGAAGGUGGCUUUGGCCGUGUCUUCAAGGGUAUAUUGAGUGAUGGGACUGCUGUUGCCAUCAAGAAGCUUUCCAGUGGAGGACACCAAGGAGAUAAAGAAUUCCUGGUUGAGGUCGAGAUGCUGAGCAGGCUGCAUCAUAGAAAUCUUGUGAAACUUGUUGGUUACUACAGCUGCCGUGACUCAGCACAAAAUCUUCUGUGUUAUGAGUUAGUUUCAAAUGGAAGCUUGGACUCCUGGCUUCAUGGCCCCUUGGGAGCAAACUGUCCUUUAGAUUGGGAAACUAGAAUGAAGAUUGCUCUUGAUGCUGCAAGAGGGUUAGCGUACCUACAUGAGGAUUCUCAACCCUGUGUGAUUCACAGGGAUUUCAAAGCAUCCAAUAUAUUGCUUGAGAACAACUUCCACGCCAAGGUUUCUGACUUUGGUCUGGCCAAGCAAGCACCUGAAGGUCGUGCUAAUUAUCUUUCUACUCGCGUCAUGGGGACAUUUGGGUAUGUAGCACCCGAAUAUGCCAUGACCGGACACCUGUUAGUAAAGAGUGAUGUGUACAGCUUCGGAGUAGUUCUACUUGAACUGCUGACAGGAAGGAGGCCUGUAGAUAUGUCACAACCAUCUGGCCAGGAAAACCUUGUAACUUGGGCCCGGCCAAUUCUUCGUGAUAGUAACAGAUUAGAGGAGCUUGCAGACCCUAGGCUUGCAGGUAAGUACCCCAAGGAUGAUUUUGUGCGAGUUUGCACAGUUGCAGCAGCUUGCGUUGCACAUGAGGCGAACCAGAGGCCUACGAUGGGUGAAGUGGUGCAGUCCCUUAAAAUGGUGCAGCGUGUAGCUGAAUGCCAGGAUCCCUUGCCGACCCCAUCAACUAAUCCCCAUAAUAAGCAGUCGUCGACGACUUUUGAAUCAGAUGCCACUUCGUCCAUGUUCUCUUCUGGUCCUUUCUCAGGUCUAAGCCUUUUUGACAAUGACAACAUUUCCAGAACAGCAGUAUUUUCUGAGGAUCUGCAUGAAGGUCGAUGAGGCUUAAGCUCGUGCUUUGUCAUGAGAGGGCUGAGGUAACGGCUGUGGGGGAAAAGGAUUGCAGAUAGUCUAUGUUGUAUAUUUCAGUUGUUGCCACUCUAGGUUUUGGAAUUCAUGUGCAUUAUUAUAUAUGACUAGUCUUGUUUUGUUGGAAAUAUAUUAAAUGUUUUCUUCGUUCUA